AUGACUUACGACUUUGGUAGCAGUGUAGCCAGUCGCAGCGCUUUUGCAUGCCGUCCGCUCGUUCGUUCUUGUCACGCAUCGCCUCAACUUUCUAAUGAGAAUCUUGCUCGCUUACCGCUAAAUAACGUUCAUGCCUGUGUGAUUAGUUGGACCUGUCGACUACAUAUGGUUGCGGCUUUUAAUUCCAAUCGUCCUGGUCUUGGUGUCGGCACAGAGCGUCGAAUCGCCGCUGGACGCGGCUCGCGGGUCUUGCGUCAACCUAAUGCAAACAAGCUUGCGAGCAGAUAUGGUCCACAUUCAAGGUGGAGACGCGGUGAAAAUGACGAAGAUGAGAACAAAGAUAUUGAGACUUGCGGAGAAGGCAGUUUUCGCGUGUCCACCGAAAUAAACACUGCUUUGCCAGACCCUCGAAGAACAAUGUCAUUACCGAAGAAUAGCGUGAGUUUCGUCUGUUAUAUAUUCGUCAUUCCGGCGGUCACCAAAGGUUCUGUGACGACCAUCCAAUAA